AUGGAACUGACUUUGUCUCUGUUAACCAUUUUUCUGCUUUUCUUUGCAUUGUCUGGGAGAUGCAGCGACAAGAACGACUUCCCCGAGGGCUUCAUUUUUGGAUCCGCCACUUCUGCUUAUCAGUGGGAAGGAGCUUUUGAUGAAGAUGGAAGAAAACCUAGCGUCUGGGAUACUUUCCUUCACACUCGUAACCUAAGUAACGGAGACAUAACAAGUGAUGGGUACCAUAAGUACAAGGAGGAUGUGAAGCUCAUGGUGGAAACUGGCUUAGAUGCCUUCAGAUUCUCCAUUUCUUGGUCUAGGCUUAUACCGAAUGGAAGAGGUCCUGUUAAUCCCAAGGGUCUACAGUUCUAUAAGAACUUCAUUCAAGAACUUGUAAGCCAUGGAAUCGAACCACAUGUGACACUGUUCCACUACGAUCAUCCUCAGUAUCUUGAAGAUGAAUAUGGAGGAUGGAUCAACCGCAGAAUCAUCCAAGACUUUACAGCUUAUGCAAAUGUUUGCUUCAGAGAGUUUGGGCAUCACGUCAAAUUCUGGACCACGAUCAACGAGGCUAAUAUAUUCACUAUUGGAGGAUACAAUGAUGGGAUCACACCGCCUGGUCGUUGCUCCUCACCGGGUAGAAACUGCUCAUCAGGGAACUCUUCAACUGAACCAUAUAUCGUAGGCCAUAACUUGCUUCUUGCGCACGCCUCUGCUUCAAGACUGUAUAAGCAAAAGUACAAGGAUAUGCAAGGAGGUUCUGUGGGAUUUAGCUUAUUCUCCCUAGGGUUUACACCUUCUACAAGCUCCAAGGAUGAUGACAUUGCAGUUCAAAGAGCCAAAGAUUUCUACUUCGGCUGGAUGCUUGAGCCUUUUAUAUUCGGUGACUAUCCCGAUGAAAUGAAAAGAACUGUUGGAUCAAGACUGCCAGUUUUCUCAAAGGAAGAAUCAGAACAAGUUAAAGGCUCAUCUGAUUUCAUAGGAAUCAUUCACUAUCUUGCAGCUUCGGUCACAAGCAUCAAGAUCAAACCUUCUAUUUCAGGAAACCCGGAUUUUUAUUCAGACAUGGGUGUAUCUAUGACAUGGACAGUCCUUGGGAAUUUUUCAGCUUUCGAGUAUGCUGUUGCUCCAUGGGCUAUGGAAAGUGUCCUUGAGUAUAUAAAGCAAAGCUAUGGCAAUCCUCCUAUCUACAUUCUUGAAAAUGGUACACCGAUGAAGCAAGAUUUGCAGCUGCAACAAAAGGACACACCAAGGAUUGAGUAUUUACAUGCUUAUAUUGCUGCUGUUCUCAAAUCUAUUAGGAAUGGAUCAGACACGAGAGGUUACUUCAUAUGGUCAUUUAUGGAUUUAUACGAGUUAGUGAAGGGAUAUGAGUUUAGUUUUGGAUUAUACUCUGUGAAUUUCAGUGAUCCUCAUCGUACGAGAUCUCCAAAACUCUCUGCUCAUUGGUACUCUGCUUUUCUCAAGGGCAACACCACUUUUCUUGGUUCUCAAGGCAUCAUGCAAAUGCAGAGCAACUUUUCUUCUUCAGCUUCUUCGUAG